UAACCUGCAACAGCUGAUUCUCUUUGUUGUUGAGAAUUCCAGAAAUGGAAAAGAAUUAUCAAAAGCAAAACAAACAUAAAACAGAAAUAUAAUGAACCUGUCAAAGCAAUUUGUCAAUGUGAAGAGGCUCAAUUAUUAUUUGUUUACCGCUUCGCAGCAAAAGAUUAUUGGUAAUUGGCUCGGUGCCAAUUUGCAACAGAAUUGUGCCUAUUCUAGUAAAAUGUCAAAGUUUAUCGAAGUACCAGUGCAAGCAGAAAAGUUGCUAAAAUUAAUCCGUUCCACGGUAGUUCCUAAAGUAAAUGUAAGCGAUGGCAAGGGUAAUCGCCGUCACAAAGGUCAAGCUGGACGAAUUGGAGUAAUUGGUGGAUCCCUAGAGUAUACCGGGGCUCCAUAUUUUUCAGCCAUUAGUGCUAUGCGUGUAGGUGCUGAUUUGGCCCAUGUAUUUUGUCAACGCGAUGCUGCUGUUGUUAUUAAAUCCUAUAGCCCUGAAUUAAUCGUACAUCCUUUAUUGGAUGCGGAUGAUGCUGUAGAACAAAUUUUACCAUGGUUAGAGCGAUUACACGUAUUAAUCAUUGGUCCAGGACUAGGAAGAGAUCCGAAGAUACAGAAGACUGCUGUUUGUCUUAUUGAACUUUGCAAACAAUUGAAUAAGCCUUUAGUUAUUGAUGCCGAUGGCCUCUUCAUACUCAAUGGAAAUAUUGAUUUGCUAAAUGGAUUAAGCAAUGUCAUAUUGACGCCAAACGUUAUAGAAUUCCAGCGUUUAUUUAGUACCGAUGUCGAAGUAAUAAAAGAGCGAAUGGCACAACUAGGUGAUGGCGUAAUUGUACUUGAAAAAGGUGCACAGGAUAAAAUUUUUAUACCAAGUACCUCAGAAAUUUACACACUACCAUCGGGAGGUUCUGGUCGUCGUUGUGGUGGACAAGGUGACUUGCUAUGCGGUUCGAUUGCUACCUUUUUCCAUUGGGCUUUAGAGACUAAUCAGGCAAAUGCGGCCUUUAUAGCAACGUUUGCGGCAAGCUAUUUGGUGAAGCAAUGCAAUGCGGCUGGAUUUCAGAAAUGGGGUCGCAGUAUGGUGGCGAGCGAUAUGUUAAACGAAAUUCAUUCGGUGUUUCGCAACAUUUAUGAAGAGCCUUAAUUUGUUUUGUGCUAAUGAAUAUUUAUUCACAUAAACGACCACGAAGAAGUUUAUGUAAAUGGUUACCGAAAACACUUGUUGAUUGCAUUUUUAAGUUUUCUUCUUUCUCUCUCAACUUAUUAAAGUUCGUAGUUUUAUAGAAAUCAAUAUUCACUCAGCGAUAUAUCUAUUUAGGAAGUUAAGAUUUAAAAUAUAUAAACUGAUUUUAUUGUAUGAAUUAAGCAUUUGAAAAUGAAUAAAAUUACCGAUGUAAUAAAGCAAACUAAUUGAGAACACAUACGUAUAAACCGUUCCCAAAAAAAUCGGUCUUCGAAAACGGAACGAGCCGGAUUUUUAUUCGGCCAAGGAACAUAAAAUUUAAAAUAUAUACUCUGAUAUUGUUGAAUAUUUUAAUAAAUAUAUAUGUAUACAUAAUCCAGAAUUAAUAAAUUGCAAAUGUAACAAAGCAAACUAAA